AUGGUAGCGCUCGUGGCUGUUUACCUAAAGGACUCCUGGUGGGCCACCGAAGACGUCCUGAGGACUUCUGACCCUGCAAGAGAAGGCCUGGUGAAGGUCCAGUCAUUCGGGGAAAGGAUUGUGCUCUUCGUCCUCAACGUCGUCAUUUUUGGAAGGUUGGAGAGGAACUUGGAUGACGAUGCCAUGUUCUUCUUGCCUCACUCUGGGAAGGAGGAAGCUAAAAUCCUGUGGAGGGACGGAGCCGCGGUCGGAUUUUACACAACCAAAGCGAAAGGCAGCCUGUGCGGCGAUGGCACCGGCACGUGCUACCUGCUGCCCGUCUUGGACACCGUGUUUGUCCGGAGGCGACAUCGCGGCCAGGGCCUGGGCGUGGCCAUGCUGCGGGACUUCUGCGAGACAUUCCCCGACGACGAGGCCCUAGGGGUCAGCUGGCCGAUUUCUCCCGCCAUGUACCAAGUCUGUAGGAAGUUCCUGCUGGCCCAUCCGGAGGAGCGGGCGCGCCUGUGGGAGGUGGAGCCCCCGGGAGCCUGGGGCCAGCGAGGCAGCAUCUGGCUGAAGGUUCAGCUCCAACAGGCGGGGCUCCCGGCCCCAGAGUCGGCGUGAAGCGUGCACUUGGAUCUCCUCAUCCUCACGUCAGGGGCACAGAUCCCUUUACACAGAUGGAGUCAGGCCCGCGGGGGACGCAGCCGCCGCAGCAGCACCCGGUGUUGGCAUCUCGUCCUCCCUCCACCUUCCCUUCCUGAGCGAACCACAGCGGCCAACCCCCUGCCCAAGAAGAGCGGAGCGCCCCGGCUCAGCUGGCUCCGAAGCUCCCUGUGACCAAGGGCCCCUUUGAGCAAUUGAGCGGAUCAGUGCCACCAGGAAGACGGUGAAUUUCCUUGUCCAGCAGGAGAUCAGUUGGAAACAUAUUAUUUCAAAAGACACACAGGGUUUCCUGUGAAGAGCUGGCGCUUGUCCUUGGGGAGAAGAAGAAAAAGGGUUUGGCCCCGCCGGCGCGGCUCACUGGUUGAGCUUCGACCUGUGAACCAGAGGGUCACGGUUCGAUUCCGGUUAAGGCACAUGCCCAGG